AUGGUGGAACACGCGGACGCUACUAAAUUUGGAUCGUCCAUGUCGUCCUGUUUGCCUUUGCUUGUCUUCCACCAUCAUCCUGGUGAUGGCCAAGAGGACGGUGACGACGAGAUGCUAAUGUUCAGCAUAUCCAAGCAAACCCUGCACAAGAACAUGGAGCAUGACCUUCUAGCCGCAGGCAGCAGCAUGUGCUGGACCACUGCACAGGGCUGGAUACUCGCCCAGGACCGUGGCACGAUGUCUUCUUCGACUUGUCUAUGGAACCCUAGCACCGGCACCGAGCUACCCUUGCCAGAUCUCGGAGAGGAGCACCAGAUCCCAUACCAAUGCAGGUGCCUGCUCUCCCACAAGGACCCAACUCACCCAGGAUGUGUUGUGGUGCUCUUCAAUAACGCCGCGCCUGAUCUCUGGUACUGCCACACCACCGGCGAUGGCGACAACAGCAGCAGGAGGUGGAGACGUUACUCAUAA